AAGAGGCAUUGGGCGCGGCUUGUCCUUGUGUACUUACUCGCGCAAGGUGUAUAGCGCAUGUAUGAUUUCUCAUCCGUUCGUUCAGAGGGAAGUCUAUAAGCAGAGGAAUCUCUCGUUGAAUAUGUGAAUCUUAUUCCCUAAUUGACUAUCGCACUACUGCCCGGCAUGGACAACUCAAGAAGGGUAUUACUGGGCGUGUUAGCGGCGUCAUCUGCCUGUUUUCACGGCGCAGACGCCUACUGGCGCAUGUCCUGCUCCAUUAUCCAAACCGGCCGACUAGAUCCUAACGUAUCCCCCGGCGCUGUUUCAGCCCAUGUCCAUAAGGUCUCCGGCGCAAGCAAUUUUGGUCUGUCGAAUACCUACGAAGACCUAAUUGCCUCGCAGUGCACCUCGUGCGAAGUGCAAGACGACAAGUCGAUCUACUGGACACCGCAGCUCUACUAUCAGCAUGCUAACGGAAGCCUCGAGGAAGUUCCCAAUGGCGGGACGGUCGUCUACUAUCUUGGGCGCGGAGAAAACCGGUCUAAUAUUGAACCUUUCCCACCCGGAUUCCGGAUGGUGUCAGGGGACCCAUACCUCCGAUCAAACGAUACCACAUCUUUUACUUACUCUGCCGGCGGAAACUCUGGAAGCCGUCUGGUGUCCGACCGCGUGUCCUUUGCGUGUCUUGAUAGUUCGGGUAGCAUCCCGGAACAGAACUACAUGUUCCGCACCGAUUGCAACAACGGUCUUCGUGCUCAGAUACAAUUCCCAUCAUGCUGGAACGGGCAAGACUACCAACUUGACCAGUCGCACGUGGCAUAUAUGUCCGGUAUCGACAAUGGCGUCUGCCCGCCUUCGCAUCCAAGACAGCUGGCGCACUUAUUCUUCGAGGUCAUUUAUGGUGUGAAUGACAUAAAUAAGGAGGCAGGCGGGCAAUUCGUCUUCGCGAAUGGUGAUCCUACCGGAUUCAGUUUUCACGGAGACUUCAUGAACGGCUGGGAUACGGAAGUUCUUGCUGAUGCUUUGGAGCAGUGCGUCAACGACGACUCUUCCAACGGUCAGAUCUCAAAAUGCCCGCCGCUAGCCAAGUCCCAGACGCCUUAUUACGCCACCAAUUGCCCAGAGCGUAAACCAAUUGUUAACGAGAAAGUAAAGGGGAUGCUGGAAUGUCUCCCCGGCUGUAACGUAGUUACACCUGGUCCCGAGAGAGCGAUUCAGCCUGUAUGUCCAGACACACCCUCUGUUAAUCCUGUAGAUUAUCACGAGUCCUAUACUAUGUUUAGUCCUUCUGCAGGACAGAAACUCGACGGGACUACGUUCUCUUUCGCAGGGUGCGCAUCUGAUAGCGGUAGUUCAAGGACAUUGAGUGGGCACUCGAUUGCAGCUGAUAAUAUGACCAUUGAGUACUGCACAUCAGUCUGCAAGUCUCAAGGUUAUCCCUUUGCAGGCCUCGAGUAUUCAAGGGAAUGCUAUUGCGGGAGUUCCCUUGGCAGCGCAGCUAUAGCGGAUUGCUCAACAAAAUCCCAGAUGAUAUGUGCUGGUAAUGCGACAGAGUGGUGCGGCGCACCAAACCUCUUAGCCAUAUGGAACGACACCUCCUAUUCGCAAUCCGUAACGACGCUUUUAGUCGAUACUACAACGAUUAACAACGGCAGCGCGACAUACAUGGGUUGUUUUAGCGAUCCAGGUGGAAACAAUAGAGCAUUAAGUAACGAUAGCAUGUUCGACACGGCAGCAAUGACGAACGAGAAGUGCGCAUCAUAUUGUAAAGGCAAGGGAUACUCGUUAGCUGGGACAGAAUAUUCGCAAGAGUGCUACUGCGGCAAUGUUAACACGGGCACUCUCAUCGCAGAUAGUAGUCGGUGCGACAUGAAGUGCAAAGGGGACUCGCGUGGAUUUUGUGGUGGUAGCCUCAAAAUGAGUGUUUGGAGUCUUGCUCAAGCUUCGCCGAGUCAGUCCCAGUCUGCUACACCACAGCCCACCCAGACAGAGUCGAUCCAGGGAAAUAACAACGUUCUGAGAGCAGCAAAUGGGACCGCUACUUAUCUCGGAUGCUAUACAGACAGCGCCUCGGAUGGGCGUACAUUAGCAUGACUUGUAAAGGAGAUAUAACAGAGUGGUGUGGUGUUUAGGUAGUUCCAGGAUCAGCA